AAUGCUCGAGUAAUAUCUCGUAAAGUGUGCAAAAAAUUUUGGGGAUUUCAAGCAACGUGAAGAAACCUAUUGUAGAAUGGUCUCAGAUGGCGUUGCAACGCAAAAAGGUUGACAGUCCUGCACGGAGAUUACUCGUGCGCUCGUUCAAAUUGAAUUGACGAAGUCCGUUAAUUCUUGAUAUGGUACGAAGAACCAUCGUUCUUCGUGCCCAGAUAUAUAACUCGAGAGAAAGUGAAUUUCUAAGCUAAAAACGUUUUAUCAAGCAAUCAUAUGAGAUGAAUCCAACUCAUCCUGUGCCGAAAGUCGAAAAUGCAGACAGACUUCGUUAUAACGUGUUACUCGCCCCCUUCCAGCCAGCGACAAGAAUCGAACUGAAGACCAAGAUAAACACCACUGUAGAAUGUGAUUUUAAUGUGAGAAACGUUGGCGACAAGGCGUUAAACGUGGCCAUAACAAAGCUACCAUCCAUAGAACGUCGGAUUAGCCUGAGCCCAUCCGAACUAAAAAUCCAAGGAAACAGCAGUGGUACAAUAUGCAUUAAAUGGUCACCCAAAGAGGCAGGAUGCUGGCGAGACGUGCUACAGCUUACUGACAGUAGACGAAUCAAAUAUGAUGUUGUUAUAGCGACAACAGUCAAGGAUGAUAGGAAUAGUAAUAAAGUGAGAAGAAGGCCCAAACCAGCUCUGUUGAACUCUGUGAACAGCUUUUCCACAACAGGCGUAAACAAGCAAUUAUAUCGUAACAUGAAGGCUUCAACUGCUGGAAGUCAAUCAUUGGUCAAUAAUCUUGAUACACAAGUGAAACAAUAUAAAUCCAAAUACAAGAGCGAGAUGAAUAAAGAGAAUAUCUCAAUCAAAAAUAAUGAAGUCAGAACAUAUGUGAAAGAUGAGAAACUCAAUGAGGACGAUAAGUUGAAAAAUAUCUUAUGUGAACAAGGUAUGAACAUGUGGAACGACAGCAGCAUUCUGCCACUUUUAUGUCCUUUGAAUGGACCACAGGAUCUACGCCGAGCCACGUACAUCAAAGAGAAGAGUCCUUGCACUGGUGUACUGUACGAACACAAUGAAGAAGAGGUCAGUGAGAAUGGCGAGUGUGACAAGGACAAGAUGCAGUCCGACUUUUCUAUAUUUCUGAAUAAAUUUACAUUUAUGUCCACGGAUGUGAUUACGAGUUCUCCGGAGUCAUCGAGAGGGGAGUCGAUAGAAACAACUUUGCAGGGCGUGGAUGGUCAUAGAACAUUUAACAUCAGUCGUGGUCUAUUUGAGACGUCCGCAAUUCAUGAUGCAAAGCCUCCCAUCAGUUUAACAUCUACAUUACAACCAACAGGUACUUUGCAUAACUUGUCGCCAAUCAAGCUUGAUGAAUGUUCCGUCAUGACCGAUGUUAAGGAUUUGAUUUCAUCUUCACCAAUUCAAUUUCAACAUCAUAUUAUAUCAAAAGACCCUAAACAGGAUUGGAGACUACUAAACCCUGAGCCUAAGGAAUACGCCAAGCCUUUGGCAUAUUCGAUAGACAUAAAUCCGAAUAUUCAAAUGGCCAAUUGUGAAUACUUCAGUUUUGAAGUAAUUUCCAAGGAUGUCGAGUUGGCCAAAAACACUGGAGAUAUGUACAUUGAAAUUUCUCCGCCAAAGAAGCACUUUCACUCCAAAAUGGCACCUAUAUCAUUGUCGAAGUUAAGCGGCACGAGUGGCAAAAUUAUAAAAAAUAAUACCUUGUGUGAUAGUGGAAAGAAACUUCAACUGAAUAUAUCUACCACAAAAAAAAAUAGAAGGAAUGUACCAGCAAUCAAGAUAAACAAAUUGUCUCUUGGUAUUUUACGUAAUACAAAGUGGCAUUCUUCAUCUUCUAUCAGAGAUUCCAGUUUCAGAAUACGAAAUGAAAAAGAAUACUUUAUUUAUGAGACAUAUGGUUUGGAUCCCUUUGCACCAUCCACAACAGAGGAUCCAUUUCUUAAAAAUACAAUGCAUUUUGACGAGCCGUGGCUACUACAACAGGAAUUGGCAUUCACAAAAUGGUUGAACACUUUGUUGUCUUCUCCAGAAGAUUUGUCCGUUGACAUUGAAACUGCCGUAGCGGAUAUCGGCAAAGUAUGGGAAACUUGCAAAACGCAAAAGAACACUAUAUUGGCUGAAACCAAGGAAGUUGUUUCUGCUAGGUAUCAUACAAGUACAAGACUAAACACAUUACGAAAAGCUGCAAACGCUAUGUUCAAACGUGAUGAAGUUACACAAAUUCUUUCACGUACUAAUAUGUGCAUUUCCAAAGGAACUUUGUGUAUUAGAUCAGAUCGUAACCUUCUUCGUGACAUUGGUCUUCAGAAACUCAUACUGAGUUUAUUUCUGAGCUACAAUCCUCUGUGGCUACGUAUCGGCUUGGAAACCGUAUACAGUGAGAGCAUUUCGCUGCGCUCGAAUAAUGAUAUCGUUGGUCUGACUCGCUUCUUAUUGACGAGAUUUUUUUCGGAUCCGCGAUUGACGAAGAUGUCCGGAUAUUAUAAGACUGAUCCGGGGCAAAAGUUUGUCAUGCAACUGAAUCAGUUUAUUCUGCGAAAAUUCCUGUUUUUAGUCUAUUUUUUGGAUUAUGCCAAACAGCAUAAGCUGAUCGGACACGAUCCGUGUCUGUUCCACAAACGCGCCCAAUGCAAGGAGAGUCGCGAGAUCCUGCUAAGUUUUUCACGCGAGCUCCUGAGUGGCAUUGGCGACGUGACCAAGCUACUACGCGGCCAUGGCUAUGUACUCACUCAUCGGCAAACCUACAUUGAAGAGUACGAUUACGCCGUGGUGAAUAUACGAUGUGAUUUGCGCGACGGCGUGCGAUUAUGUCGUGCGAUGGAGCUCAUCAGCGGUGUCCGGGGGUUGACUCAACGUUGCAGAGUACCGGCAAUAUCACGUCUGCAGAAGGUGCACAAUGUGGACGUAGCACUGAACGCCUUACGUCAGGCCGGCUAUGUCCUCGAGGGCAAUAUAGACGCAAAGAGCAUCGCUGAUGGUCACUGCGAGAAGACUCUGUCGCUUCUCUGGCAGAUCAUCCAUAAGUACCAGGCGCCGCGGUUUGAUCGGGCGGCUCGCGUGAUCCAAAGAUGGUGGCGGGCGCAAUUCUGGUACAUCUGUGUGAGGAACUUCUUACGCGCGCGUAGAAAUCUGGCUGCGACGAUAAUCCAACGUAUAUGGAGAAAGCGCAAGAUAAUGCAGUCUUCGCAUGUGAUCGAAAUUAACUGUAAUCUCGAGGAACGCAAAAUAUUCUUGCGCAUCAGAACAGCAACGAUACAACUUCAGAGAUGGUGGAGGCAGCAGCGAGGAGACGUGAGGCGGCUGAGAGAGAGGCGCGAAGCGACGAUCACGUUGCAGAGAAGAUGGAGAGCCAUGUUGCUGAUGCGGGAACAACGAAAUCAGUAUCGCGUUCUGAAGAAUGCUACGUUGACGAUUCAAACCUAUUGGAGGGCGACGCGAGCGAUGAAGCUGCAACGUUCCAAGUAUCUCACGCGCAAAGCCGCUGCCGUGCAGGUGCAGACUUGGUGGAGAUCCGUCAGAGUCAUGCGAGAUCAGCGUGAAUGGUUCCUCUGCAGUAGAGAGAGCACUCGCACCAUUCAGGUCUGGUGGCGGCAACAUUUGUUAAUGCGAAAGAUGCGCAAUGAUUUUCUGUUGAUGAGAGCUGCCGCGCACAGCAUUGAAAAUUGGUGGAUAAGUGUGAUCGAAAGGAAGAAAUUCCUUCUGUACCGUGAGUGCGCCGUUCGCAUUCAAAAAACGUGGAGACGAUACCGGGCUCGUAAGCGAAAGACUGCUUGCAUGAAAAUACAGACGUGGUGGCGAGCGGCGAUAUGCUCGCGCGAUUACAAACUUCGGAGAUCCUGCUGCGUGAAGCUGCAACACUGGUGGCGCGGAAUCACGCUCGCGAGACAUCAACGCGCGGAGUUCUUACAGUUGCGCCAGGCGGCAUGCGUUGUACAAAAGAACUGGCGGGCGAGGACAGUCAGAAGAGAUUACCUAAAACAACGGCGAGCGGCUUUAUCAAUACAAUCGUGGUACUGUCGUGCCAGGUCAGCGAGGAUCAUCCGACGACAUUACUUGGAAGUGAGAGGCGCCACGAUACAAAUACAGAACUGGUGGCGCAACGUCACCGUAACUCGGCAAGUCAGAAGGGAUUACCUGCAGCUUCGUAAAAGCACCAUCCUUUUGCAGACCUUCUGGCAUCGACAUGUUUUUGCUCGCGCGGAUCGCCAGCGAUACUUGACGCAGAAACGAGCGUGUGUCACGCUGCAAUCUUGGUGGCGAAUGAUGAGAACGAAGAGCAGAUACAAAUUGUACAGAACUUGCGUGUUGAAAAUGCAAAGGAGAUGGCGCACGAAAAGAAUCGCUUUAGUUGUAAGGAAACGAUUUAUCGCCUCGCGUCAGGCUGCAAUAGUUAUUCAGUCGUAUUACAGAAUGAAAGUUGCGACUCGAAGAUACAAGACCAUCAAGCAAGCUGCGUUGAUUAUCCAGAUUUACUGGCGAGCAUAUGUAGCUGGUAGACAAGAGAGACUGUGUUACUUGUCUCUGCGUCAGGCAGCGAUCACAUUGCAGCGUUGUUACAGGCGGAAGAGAGUAGAACGUGAGAAGCAACGCCAAAAUGAAAAUGAGAUUGCCUUAAUUGCCACGAAGAUUCAAGACGAGUGCGGAGAAAUUAUCCAGGUGAAUCAAGAUGUUACCACGAAACUCGCGCUUUCAGGCAGUGACUACUGGCAAGAUAUGAUUAGCGGGCUACGCAACUGCAGCAGCGUCGGGGUGCUACUGACUUGCUUAAAUAGCUUGGAUACUAUAACGAAAUUAUCACCGACCGUUCGCGUCAUCCUCUGCGAGCUGAAUUUGACCGAUGACAUUUAUAACACGAUAGUGCAGAACAAUAGAUCAGUGCCAUGGAUGAAGGUCUGUCAGCAAGCAUGCAGCAUUCUGAUCACGCUGGCGAAGUAUCCUCACACGAAAAAAUAUGUCCUUAAGAAAAAAUAUGCAUUGGCAUUAGUAAAGCUUUUGAGCGGAUCAUUAAAAAAUGAAGAAGUGUUUCUUCAUUGUGCCACUUUGAUAUGGCUGCUUAGCCAGGAUGAAGAUUACUCAAAGACUAUAGCAAUGUGUCCACAAAUAAAAUGGCUGAUGAAAAAGAUUCAACAAAAGGUAUUGAAGGAUGGCACAAUGGAAAAAUUCCAAAAAUAUAAAAAUUUAGAGAAAUUAUAUCCCAAUUGUGAACCUAGCCGAAACGCGCAGAGACCACAUCUGUUCAACGAUUUGAGUUUUGCCGUUGCAGCUAUUGUUACGAAAACUUUCACGUGAUAUAUUACAAAAGGUUUGUAAACUUUUUAUAAGUACUAAACUUAAAAAAAUUAUGAAUGUUGACUGAUUCCUAUUAGAUUCAAGUCAUAAAAAAUGUUAAAACAUAAAUUAAAACUUUAAAAGAGAUAAUCUAAAAUAUGUGUGCGAGGAAAAGGAUUUUGAAAAAUGUACCUGCAUAUCUGAGUUUUUAAAUAAUAAUAAAAUUCUAAAUAUGAAAAGUUGACAAUCUCCGCGACUAAAGCCGGAAAAAUCAAGACAAUUAAGUUUUCAUUCUGCUUUAAUAACUGAUUCAUUCCUAAAAACGUGGCAGAACGUUGACAACGUUGACAACUCGAUCUGCAUAUAGUACAAUAAGAUAUAAAUGUAAUUUUUAUUUACAGUGAAUUAUUUACUCACAAAUAAAAUUAAUAAUAAUAAUAAUAAUAAUAAUAAUAAUAAUAAUGCCGAGAUGACGAUGACAAUAGUAAAAUGACGAUGAUUAAUGACAAUGAUGGUGACAAUAUGACAAUGACGAUGAUAAAUUAUAACUAUAUAAUAGUGAUAAACCGUAAUUAGCAACAGCAGUAGUAGACUCUAGUAAUAAUGAUUGUAGUGGUAGUUAGUCGUAGCGGUAGCAAUAAUUGUAUUUUCCUUGACUUAAUUAUCA